AUGCCCAUUGCUGCAAGUCCAGUUGUUUGGAAUGGAGCACCCGGUGGACGAUCGAUAGAUGUGUCUGCGACACUGACACUGGCGCCGCGAGCGACGUUCUACCCCCGGCAGUCCAUUAUUCCAGGUGCAGGAGGAGGAGGAGGUGCGGGAGGUGCAGGCGGGGGUGCGGCGUCGCCAGCAAGUCCCGCAGUAUCAACGCCUCCUACCCCGACUCCACCGACCACCCCAGCAACUCCACCGAGCACAUCAGCGCCUCCAGUGGUCUCUCCACCGACACCAACCACGACGACGUCUGAUACAACGACCACAACUCCUGUGAGCACGCCGACGACGACACCACCGGUCACCACACCUACGACAACGGAGGCGCCGCCCACUUCUGCACCGCCUCCGCCAUCUUCUGUGGAGACCGUCGUUUCGUCUACCGACCUGGCUGGCUCUGUCGUGGAGGUCACCGUUACGAUGCCCGCAAGUAGCACACCAACUUCUUCCUCUGUGUCUCCUUCACCCACGAGUGAUGGUUCGAACGGAGGUGAUGGCGGAGGACUCGGCACGGGAUCUAUUAUCGGGUUAUCCGUGGCAGGAGGUGUGGCAGUCAUUGGCAUCGUCGCCUUCAUCAUUUGGAAGGUCACCAGGAAGAGAGGAUUUAGCGAUUUCGACGACAACGAAGCUAUCAAAUGGCCCGAACUCAACGCCCACAAGGAAGGCGCAGAUACCCACCCUCUCCCUACCCACAACACUGGCCGCGCAGGUUUUGAAACCGGCGGCGCUGGCCUCUCUCGCGCACCAUCAACAUCAUCCGCUGCGCCGACAACAUUCUCGUCGGCUCCUUCCCAAUACUCAAACGUCUAUAACACCUCCACGCCAGACCUUUAUCAAGACCCUUACGCCGUUCCGCCGUUACCUCACUUGAACCCUAAUCAACCAUAUCACGAUGAUCCUGCUCACUCUGGAGCGUUUUACGACCCAUAUCGCGGACCCGUACCCCAGGCUCUGCAUGACCCUGAUGGGCCGCCAACCGCCACAGUCGCUCCUGGUGGAGGACCAUGGGAGGGCGGUGAAGCUAUUCCGAUGACCCAGAUGGCUGGUGCUGGCCGAGCACGGAGUCCCGCCCCUGGCAUGGGUAUGGCGUAUAACAACACCGGGCGGGCGUCACCCGCGCCCGGCGUAGCUGCAGGUCGCCUGAGCCCAGGGCCUGGCGUCGCCUAUGGCGGUGAUCCAUUUGGCAGACGGUCACCAGGCCCCGCCCAGGCUUACGGCGGCGCUGCUUACAAUGGCUACGGUGGACAGUGA